UGACUUCUACGGAAUAUAUGAAUAACUCGUUAUUAUUAUUUGUAGAAAGAAGCUUGCAUGCCGCCUAGGCAGUGGCCACCCAAAAACGAAAAUUUGCAGUCAAAGAAAGGUUUUCAGGACAAUGUCAAAAUUCCGACUGAUGGGACUGAUGUUUGGGAGAUUGAUACUAGACUUCUAAAAUUUCAAAAUCAAUUGGCAUCUGGGUCUCAAUGUAAUUUAUACCGAGGCACAUAUUGUAGUCAAGAAGUUGCUAUUAAAGUCUUUAAGCCCGAGCAUGUUAAUGUGGAUAUGCAGCGUGAAUUUGCACAGGAAGUCUAUAUUAUGAGAUGGAAAGGGAAGGAUUGCUAUGACCUGGCCUGAGGCACAGAGUGGCUUGGUAGGUAUAGAUGGCCGCAAUUGAA